UUUCCCCGAGGCCAGCCUACCCCACCUAGAACAGAUAUUUAUAGGUUGUAAUAUAUUUGAUAGUCACCUAGAGUAGUACCAACUUGACCAUGUUGGUUUACUAGCAUCAUUAUACCUACUACCUACGAACACCGUUCGUAAUGACGAUCGCGUCAAUGUACGAAGGACGCACAUACUACCAUAUACAUGACGCGUAAUGAUGCCUCAUAGGACGUCUAGAGUAACCUUCUCCUGAGAACGCCGCACGCGCACAUAGUUUUCGGGAGAGAUAGAUCGGACCAGGAAACCUGAAUAUGUACGACUCGGGUAUUCUAUCGGUAGUGGUAGUUACACGAAGUCAAUGUAACCAAGUCUAUCAACAGGGCGUUGGGGGCUGUGGGGUGUGACUCGUUAUGCAAUACAGUUAUACUGAAGCUUCGCAAUCUCGAUAGGGGCUACCUGGAAGGUUGUUUAUUCUCCCUGUUGUCCUACGAACUUCAUGUUCAUCCAUUCAGUCGAUCAUCUUCACCUUCUCAAGUUAUCGUUACCUACUACAGUCCAUAACCGCAAUGCGUUUCCUUUGCCUUCACGGCAUGGGUUCAAACUCACAAGUGUUUGAAAGCCAGAUAUCUGCCAUCCGCUAUGAAUUAGGAAACCGCCACACUUAUGAGUUUGUGGAGGGCUGCGUCCCUACCGGGAUAGCACCAAACCUCGACGGCGUUGCCUCCCCCGAGAAGGAGUACUUCGCCUACUCGGAUCCCACCGUGCCCGCCAGCAUGAGUAAGGCCGUGGCCAACUUGGAUGCCUAUGUGGAUGCUCAGGGCCCCUUCGACGGCGUCCUUGCCUUCUCCGAAGGCGCCGGGCUAACUGCUUCGUAUAUCGCAUGGAAGUUUCGACAAGAUCCAGCACGGCAAAAGGUAUCGCCUAUGUUUAAAUUCGCCGUGUUCUUCUCGUCACUGGACACCUUCGAUCCCGAACAGAUCGGCAAAGGCAGCAACAGCCGGCCCUUGCUCGCUCAGGACAACGGCGAGAUCAUACACAUCCCAACAGUCCAUAUCUGGGGCCGCAACGACAGGCUCACUGGAGCUCCUCGUGUUCGUGGCAUCUGCGCAUCACAAGCGCGAGAGGAAUACAUACACGACGGAGGACAUGAAGUUCCCGGGGCCCGUAUGGCGGAUGCGGUGAAAACCACCGCCCGGCUCAUGCGAAGGGCGAUGUUUUUGGCUAAUAAGAAGAAUGAGCCCACGAAUGGAUCAUCGAAUCACUAGAGUGUCUGUUCAGCAAACUAUAACCCUAUGGUUUUUAUGUAUACUUAGGUAUCGAUAUAUGAAUAGAGUAUUGGCGUUUUUUUUUACGUUUUAAC